AUGACAUGUCAAGGGAAUUGUACUUGUAAGCCAGACCAUAUAGAUGCACCAAUUAGUCCUACUAACAGCCAUUCAGAGAGUGAUGAUGUAUGGGCAGAUGAUGAUGACUAUAACAAUGCGAAUGAGAAUGAAUUAAGUAAUGCAACUAAUGAUAUUCAACGAUCUCAUUAUUCCAGGGGAUUUCUUGAUGGAAUUACAAGUGCUAAAGAGAAUAGUCUUCAAGUAGGAUUUGAUACAGCAUUUCCUAAAGGGGCUCAAUUAGGUAUUAGGGUUGGUAAGAUACUAUCAACUGUAUUAUCUAUUGAUACUAAAGAAGAAUUUGAUAAGGCUAAGUCUGAAUUAAAUAUUAUAAAAGUAUUAGAUAAAAAGUAUUUUAAUGAAGAUGGUGAUAAUUUAGAAAUUAGUAAUCAACAUCAUCCGGUGAUGGAUAAAUGGGAAAAGUAUAUAAAUAACUAG